CGGAGCGCUAGUAUACGGCGGGGUCGGCGGCCCGGGGCUCUGCCCUCCGAGAGCCUCCGACCUCCCGCCUUUGGAGCUCGGCUUCCGUGGUAGCUGGCGGGAAGACGAGCUGCUACCGUCGACACCCGCGAGUCAGGCCGCGUCGACGCAGAGCGGCUCCUCCGCGACCGAUAAAGGCCAGAAUGUGGAGUGCGUCGUGUGCGGAGAUAAGUCCUCCGGGAAGCACUAUGGCCAGUUCACUUGUGAGGGCUGCAAAUCAUUUUUCAAGAGAUCAGUGAGAAGAAAUCUGACGUACUCCUGUAGGGGGAAUAGGAAUUGUCCCAUCGACCAACACCAUAGAAACCAAUGUCAAUAUUGCCGACUGAGGAAAUGUCUCAAAAUGGGCAUGCGGAGGGAAGCUGUUCAAAGAGGUCGAGUGCCGCCAACGCAGCCCGCCGGUCUCGCCCUCCCAGGCCAAUUCGCACUCGCGAAUGGCGACCCAGCGGCCGGCCUCAACAGCCAUCCCUACCUCUCUUCUUACAUCUCCCUCCUACUCAGAGCAGAACCUUACCCCACGUCGAGAUAUGGUCAGUGCGUCCAACCCACUAAUGUCAUGGGUAUAGACAAUAUUUGCGAAUUAGCAGCAAGAUUACUCUUCUCAGCCGUAGAAUGGGCGAGAAACAUACCUUUCUUUCCUGAACUGCAAGUGACGGACCAAGUGGCACUAUUACGGCUCGUUUGGUCCGAGUUAUUCGUCCUAAACGCAUCUCAGUGUUCAAUGCCUCUACACGUGGCACCAUUACUCGCCGCUGCCGGUCUCCACGCAUCACCGAUGGCGGCAGACCGGGUGGUGGCGUUCAUGGACCACAUAAGAAUCUUCCAAGAACAGGUGGAGAAGUUAAAAGCUCUCCACGUGGACUCGGCGGAGUACUCCUGUCUGAAGGCCAUCGUACUCUUCACGACAGAUGCCUGCGGGUUGUCAGACGUCCCACACAUAGAAAGCCUGCAAGAAAAAUCUCAGUGCGCUCUCGAAGAAUACUGCCGAAGUCAGUAUCCCAACCAGCCCACGCGUUUCGGCAAGCUCCUGCUGAGACUGCCCUCGUUACGAACCGUGAGCUCGCAAGUCAUAGAGCAGCUGUUCUUCGUCAGGCUAGUGGGUAAAACGCCCAUUGAGACUUUGAUAAGAGACAUGCUGUUAUCAGGGAGCUCAUUCUCAUGGCCGUACAUGGCGACCAUGUGACAUACAAUGUGGAGACAGCUCGCGGCGGCCUGAUCCACGCCCUACGGCUUUCCGCCAUAUCUGCCGAGCCAGCGUUUCGACUUCCAGAGGUACCAGCGCGAAGCGCCGGAAGACGCCGUGACGUCAUCCAGCGAGUUCCAAGACUCGGAACAGACAGCAUCCGAAGAGUAUUUCGGAUCGCGGAGCAGAGACAGCGAGAGAGCCGAUCCGUGCCCACCAUUCGAUCCGAUAUCAGCGUUCUACCCGCCGAAGACGACAGAGCACGAAGUCUUCGAAGCAAGCAAUAAUUGUGAAACUCAAAAAAACGCUCAAAAAACCUCGAUGAUGAUCGACAACCUCCUAAACAUUAGAAGUGAGUCUUGUUCGCAAGCGAACAUAAAAUGAACUCUUAGGGUAUAUUGGGGUCAGUAGUGACAUAGUUCAAGUUAUUUUGUUCCUCUGUAAUAUAUUUAGAUUAGGAGAUCAUAUUUAAUAUUGUAAAUAAAAUGUUUUUAUUAUAUUGUAAAUGUAUAUUUAAUGUGAUAAGGUAAAAGAGGCAUGUUUUCUACGACGUUCAAUAAGGGAGCUCUUUAAGCGAUAUUCCUAAAUUGGAAUUGAUUUUGUAUCGACUAUAUCUUCCGUAAGCAGUUAUUUAUAUAGGCGAAAUUUAAUUAGCAAUCUUGGAUUGAAAUGCAAUAAUAGAAUAUUGAAACCGAUGUAUGAAUAUAUCGACAGACGAUUUAAUAAAUAAAAUUAUGAAUUUUUUGAUGUAUUGAAAUAUUCCAAGCACAAAGCUCUGUCGUAAAUGAAUUUCUGUUCAGGUGCUAUAAAAAUAAUAUCGGAUUUUAUUUGAAUUGAUAUGUUUUAAAUUUUCCAAAAUUGCAGCAAUAUUGCAAUAAAACUGUCGUAAAUAUUUAAUAUAAUGUAAGAUUACAUUUUUUUUUCACUGGUGCUUUUAAAAAUCGUAACUUUUCUUUACCUGUCAAAGUGUACAAACUUUGUAUAAUUCCGAGAAAGCAUUUAUCGUAUCGUUUUAAAAGAUUUUCAUAAGCAAUAAUAAUGUUAAUUUGUGUGUAGAGGUUUUAUAGUGUUUUUUUUCUUUUGUUUCUUAUAUCGUAUUAAGAAAAUAUCUUUAUAUCGAAACAUUCUGAAUGUGUUUAAUUAAAAACAUCCUAAGUCAAUUGUAGUGGCAGAUUUUUUUUAUUUUCGACUUCCUGUAACAUCCAUUUCGAAGCUCGUUGCUUGGAUUUGAAAAGUAAAAUGUCACAAGCGACUUAUAUAGACAAGCUAUAUUGAUUCUUGUGUCCUUUAAUUGGUAUCAUUAUUGUAUUUAAAGUCGCUUGUAUUGAAAUCGUGUCAUCACACGUUUAAUUUCGCUGUCUAGUAACAAAUUGGUUCUUACAAAAAAUACUACUAGAUCUAAAAAAAACGUAUAUACAAAAAUAAACACAUACACAAUUAGUCAUAAUAUAUAUUUAAUGAUACAUUUAAAUCAUGACAUAACUUUUGUAGUAUAUAUUUCAUAAUUUCUGGGUAAUACAUAACUAUAAAACAUAAAUAUAAACUUCAAAGGAAAACGUAAAUAGUCUUGAGUCUUAUUAAAAAAAAUUGAAAUCUACAAAUUUAGUUCUCUAAGAAUUGAGUAAUAAGCAUCUAAAGCAUAUUUUGUUAAUUAAAUAAAACCCAUAUAUCUGUUUUUUACAUACUAAAUAAAUAUUAUGUGAAAAACACUACAAAUAUUAUAGACGACUAUGGAAAAUUAAACGUACGCAUAUUUUUUUUAAUCAAACCAAUACAUUUGUAUCUCUAGAUUAUAAAUCCUAUAUGUUUUUUUCAUUUGCAAAGAUGUAUUAAAAAUAAUAUAUGCCUCUCUUUUUAACAUACUUUUUUAUCAUUGAUCUUAAAACUCUUUUUCAUGUUAGAAUUAAUUCCAAAUUUGAAAUGCAUAUUCCAAGAACAUGGCUCUAGAGAUGAAAUGUCAUUGAAUAUUUACGGUAUUUUUUUAUUAUUAUUUGUAUGUAUAUUUUUUAACUCUUUCACUAUUGUGAAAACUCCUGCCAAAUCUACGACAUGUAAAAGAGAAGGAAUGUAUUUAUUCGCAAUAAUUGUACAGAGGGUGUAUUAUAGAGUCGGUGUGUUUGAUCGAAACUGUAUGAGAAAACGUAAUUGACGAAUAAAAGAUGUCUUUCUGGA